AUGGAUGUUUUUGUUCUGAAAUCAGAAUUUAAUCCAGCAUGGACCCUCUUUAAUGUCCAUGAGCUUGGAGAUACUAUCACAAGCCACUGGCGCUCUCACCUGUUCAUGUUAUAUGAACAACAGAGAGAGUUUUGGCAAUCCAUUGACAAACCUUUGGGAGAAUGGUUUAGGCCUUUACCAACGCUAGUCCCUCAGGACUGGAUGUCAGAUUUUCUCACUGAGCAAGUCUUUGAUGUCAUCAAAGCUGGGCUUUGCAAUAGAAGAUUCUUAGUUUCUAGGAAACAAACAGCUACUAUGUUUGAUCUUACCAACACAUGGAAAAAGUCGUUACUCUCUGACACACUCCGCACUUUCGAUGACGAAAUUGCCAAUAUCCUCGUGGACGACGAUACAUAA